AGCCAGGUACUGUCACAAGACGCUGAAGAAGAGAACGAUACGAUGAUUGGUACCAAAUAGUCUAGGGUGAAGGCACACUUACGAAAUGUACUCUAACCCUCGCAUCAAAGGAAAUACAACCAACGUCAAUGAACUACCAAAGCUCGAGUUCAUGGUGCCGUUUACUCUUAUUUUUCUUGGUUCAAUUUUCGGCAAUUCGGUGCUCAUCCACGUCAUAAGAACAGAUAGCACCUCAAAGACCACCAUCAAUUAUCUGAUUUUAUACCAAGCAGUGGCUGACCUUCUGAUUUCAAUAGCGCGACUAAUAGACAUAUCAAUUCCUUCUAAUUAUCUCCUUGGAUAUCCCUGGUUUGGUGGCCUCACAGGAAUCAUAACUUGCAAAUUAUAUCACUUGUUCCUGCUUAUCCCACCAGUCUUUUCAGUUUGGCUCCUGGUGAUGAUUGCUAUGGAACGUCUCUAUGCAGUAGCUCGCCCCCUCCAAUUAUCUCCUUUGACUCGACAUUUGAAAAAAUUCAUUUUUGGUCUUUGGAUUUGGUGUUCAGCUUCGUUGGCAGUCAUCUUUGCGCGUGGACUUUCGAAAACUUUGAAAAAUUUUCUGGAAUCUGACGAACCUUAUUAUUGCAAUUUGAACAAUCCGUGGAUAUCGAUGGCUUUUUGUCUGUUUAAUACUGGUUUUUGUUUUUUUCUGAUAGCGGUCUUGUACGCAAUCGUGUGUUACAAACUGUGGCUACGUAAGAUUCCAGGAGAAGGAAAUAGUCAAAAUCAAAGACAGGCCGAGGCCAGAAGGACAGCAAAAAGAAUCACGCUGAUGAUGAUAGGCAUUGUGCUUUUAUAUGCUAUCUGCUGGAUUUCUACGGAACUAGUGAUAAUGCUGCAUUAUUGGAAUAAGCAGUUACCCGAAAGCGUUAUAAAAUUAUGUGGAAAUUUGAUUGUUUUUUUUAGCCUCCUUAAUCCUUACAUUUAUUUCACCUUUAUUCAAAACUUUCGAACUGCUUUCAAGGGUCUGUUUGGAAAUUUUUUAAAAAGGGUUAAAAUUCAUCGUGUUCUUCCCUUUCGAUCUCAGGGCAUAGAGCUGCAGCAAAUAUGAAAAAAAAAAGUUAUAGAAUUUCGGAACUUUCAGCGAUUGCCUUUCCCAAACUGGGUCAUAAAAUACUAAAAUGAAAUUAUUGAUCGUUAUACUUGCAUGUUUUCUGUCGGUUUGGAUUGAUAUGUGAGGUAGGCUGGAAAUAUUCUGUGCCGGAUGGCUAGACUUAAUUUUAGAUUGAUAUAAUUGAUAAAUUAGUCGACCGUAGAAUACGUACAAACGAGUGUCCCCUAUCAAUUGCACCUAAAAAGCAAAAAGAAAAAAAGCUAUUCGUCUAUGGGGUCUUAUGGAAUGUUCUCAGAGUUCCAUAGUGAUCCUUAUUUGCUUGAGAUGUACGUGUGGAAUUAUUUUUUUAUAAAAUUAGUUUUAAAAUUUUACCAUUUGAUUAAUGUCAAAUCUUUUUUAUCACACAUGCAGUCAGCUGGUGCCAGCUCUUGACCUUUAGAGCACGCUCCUUUUGGCAUUGAAAGUCUGCCCAUCUUAUUUUUAAAAAAAGGAUGCCUAAAUUUAGUUAAGCAUAUCGCUUCAGC